AUGCUCAGAUUACUCGGUCUUUUUGCCGUUUUUCUCGCCGCCAGCCUUCUGCUCUUCGCCGUCUGGAGUUACGGACCACUUCCCGAGGUUUGUCGAGCACUUCUCAACGGAAAAAAAAAUCAUGUUUUUGUGCAGGGAGCCCAACGGCCCCGUUUUCCACGCGAUUUGGACGGUUUGAGAGAGUUGAGCUCGAGUUUAGGACGAUAUGAGUGAGUUUUUCCGUACAAAUUCCGAAUAAUUAGAGAAAAAUUCUCAGAGAAUCACAUGCGGCCUACACACUUUUGCUCUUCUCCACCGCCUACGUCUACAAGCAGACUUUCGCCAUUCCCGGAUCGUUUUUCAUGGUGAGUGUUUCUUCGAAACAUUUUUGUAGAGAAUGAGCAGAAAAUGUUUCAAUGCAUGAACCAGCGAGCUGUUUUUUUCCACUGAAAAUCAGUUUUUCUAGACAAAUACGAACAUUUCGUUGGCCAAGAGCCGUAAGGCGAUUUCCCGAGUUGAACGCUUCGAUUUAAGCGUUAAACCGUCGAAAAAUAUGCAAAAUUGAGCCAGUGGAGCCAUUUUGACAGUCUUCGACUAAAGUGAAAAUUCUCUCUUUCCAGAACCUUCUCGCCGGCGCCCUAUUCGGCACGAUCCGUGGCGUCCUACUUGUCUGCUCGCUCAAUUCGAUCGGCGCCUCCUUCUGCUUCAUUCUCUCCUCACUUUUCGCCGCGCCCAUCGUCGAACGAUGGCUCAAAUCCCGAAUUGAGAACCUAAGAAUGACGGUGAGCAAGAUCCUAAUCCUGACAAUCCAAAAAGCUCUAUAAUUUCCAGGUGAAUUCGGAACGCGACCGACUGUGGGUGUUCCUUUUGUCGGCGCGAGUGUUUCCGUUCACGCCGCAUUGGUUGCUGAACAUUGCGAGUCCGUUUCUGAACGUUCCGCUCAAGUAUCAUGCGACGUCGGUGCUGAUCGGUGAGUUCCGGAAGAAACUUCGGCCACAAACCUCCGUCCGCUUCCAGGCCUCUUCCCAUACAAUUUUCUGUGCAUCCGCGCCGGCACAGUGCUCUCGGAAGUGAAUUCGAUGUCGGACGUCUUCGACAUCUGGACACUUUCCGAGCUUUUCGUCGUCUCGCUCUUCCUCCUCAUCGCCGCCCGACUCGCAAAACGACACAAAUUGGUCGAAGUGCCCAGCCACAAUCAUUUGAACGGCGUUAAAAUGUCGUAA